GAUAACUCUACCAUCUUUAUCCUACUCAACCUAGACCAUUUAUCAGUAGUAGAACGUAACACAGACACAUAAAGAAGAAAUCAAUACAAUUAAUUAAGUGUUCCACCAUGACUUAAGCCCGACAUAAAUGGUUCUCUGUAAAUUCAUUGAGAGUUUCAGUUUCGAUGAAGUGAAGAGAGUGAAUUGAGUAAUCAGUAAAAGCUAACAAAAAAGCUUUCAGUUUCAGUCUCAUUAUUAGGAACCCACAUUCAACUGAAGACAUUAGAAAUGGCAAUGCAAGAUCGGAACACAGUCUGUGUUGGGUUUGGGCAGGUUGAAUGCAAGAUUGGAACUUUUCUUCGAUCACAAUCCUAUAGCUAAAAAAAAAUACCGUCUUUCGACACUACUUUCUACUUGCAGACACAUAAACGAAUUUAUAUGCUGUUUAUGAAUCAAACCCAUCAGAGACUGAACCCCAAAGACCAAGACCCAUAAGUGGCAAGUACCUUAAUGGCCUGUUCCCCCCCAUUCCCACUUUUGAAUCGAAUUCCCAGCUUCAAUAAAUCCCCCCUCCAUUGCAGCUCCACACAGUAAGAACUCAUCAUCCAAUCAAGAGAUCAUUUGAAGGAUUACCAUUGUUAACCAUGGCUGGAAGGCAGACGAAGCAGGCAUUGUUGAUGGUUCUCUGGCUCAGCACUUGCAUGUUCACCAUCUGUUCCUCUGCUUCACUGAGCUCUAGAGUUGGUGGGAACAUUUCAUUCACUUACAAGGAAGGAAAGGGGGAGAGAGGGCCAAAGGAAUGGGGAUCAUUGAGCCCAAAAUGGAGAGCUUGUGGGAAUGGGAAGUUGCAGUCUCCCAUUGAUGUUCUAAGCCAUGGUGUUGAAGUCUCCCCUGAAUUGGGGAAGUUACAGAGAGACUAUAAACCAGCUCCUGCUACUGUCAAGAAUAGUGGACAUGACAUCAUGGUCAAAUGGAAAGCUGAUGCAGGGCAGAUUAGGGUAAAUGAGACUUACUACAAGUUGGUCCAAUUUCAUUGGCAUACACCUUCUGAGCACACAUUUAAUGGCUCAAGGUAUGAAUUGGAGCUACAUGUGGUUCACUCAAGCUCCAAUGGAGGAACAGCUGUGAUUGGAAUUGUUUACAAGUAUGGGAAGCCUGAUCCAUUCCUUUCCAAGUUGUUGCGUGACAUAAAGAAGACAAGAAAGGGCGGAAAGGAUAUAGAGGUGGGGAUCGUGAAUCCAGGAGACAUCAAAUUCGGGAGGAGAAAGUACUAUCGAUACAUCGGGUCACUGACAACUCCCCCAUGCACCGAAGGAGUUGUUUGGACGAUUGCGAAAAAAGUGAGGACUGUUUCAAGAGCACAAGUCAAAGCAUUGCGUAAUGCGAUUUAUAAGGGAUUUAAGACUAAUGCAAGACCAACUCAAGGAGCAAAUGAAAGGGUGGUCAAGUUAUACAAAUAAUGAAUCCUCUUUUGCAUCGGAUUUAGUGGAUGCUCUGCACUCCAGCUUAUUUAGCUUGUCUUUCCCAUAGGAAUCACUAUUACUAAGUAUUUGAUUAGUAACUUAUUGGGUGUUUAUUGUUUAAUGAAAACUCUCUUUUCCUUAAUUUUUAGGGAUUCUAAAUAAAUGCACGCCCAAAUC